AUGAGGAAAUUAGUUUCUGUACUAUUGAUUUCUCUCACUUUGGCAAGUCAAAUUCAAGGUCCUUUAUCGAAUCCAAUAAUGAAUGAAUUGGAAUCAACUCAUUUGGGAAAAGCUUUCUUGAAAUUACUUAGCCUAAAAUCAAAGGCAUAACAAUUUGAUUUCUCUAAAUUAUAUGCAGCACUUGAUGACUUACAAAAUUCAAUCAAAUAAAGAUUGGCUGAUGAAUAGCAAGCAUAUUAAUAAGAUGAAGUCUAAUAUUUCACAGACAAGGAAUUUUUUUCAGGUCAAAUUACUCAAUUCCAGAAUGAAAUUGCAUCAUUAGAAAUAGAUGUUACAGAUUUCACUGAAAGCAGAGAUUUAUUAUAAAUUGCCUUGAAUGGAAAAGUAGAUGAAUUGAAAGAGGUUUAAUCUUUGGCUGAUGGAUUAGCAGCAAGAGUCAAAAAGGAAGAAGGAAUCUUCAAGGAUCAAUAAAAUCAAUAUACAAAUGCCGUUUAAGCUCUUGAUUAAGCAUUGUAAUUGAUCGGAUAACUCAGAGAUGGUUCAUUUAUUUAGAACAGAAGUGUUUCAUUCUUAGAAGAAGGCCUAAAGCAACUCUAACAUCAAAGAAUCAUGUAUGGACCUUUGAUCACUGCAUUCACUUAAAUCAUGGCUCCAAGUUUCAAUGACUCUGAAGCAAGUGCUAAAGUUUAGAAGUUAAUCCAAAAUUUGAGAGACACUAUUGUGAAAAACAAAACUGACUUAGAAAAUGCCUAUCAAUAGGUUAGAGCCAUUGAUGAUCACAAUCUCAGCCAGUAUAACUAAAGAAUAAGCAACUUAUCAACAAUUGUAAUUCCAACCAUCUAGGCUGAAAUCUAAACAAGAGAUGCUCAAAUUUAAACCAAGUAAAACUUACUCAGAGAUGCCUAAACCAAUUUCAAGACAGCUUCAGAUAACUUAGAUAAUACUAAUAACAGAUGGGUUGAAAGAACCAAUGAACACAAUAAGUUGAUGGACUAACUAUUAACUUAAUAAUCCCUAUUUCCCAAGAUUGUAAGUGAAUUGGAAGGAGCAGGAGUUAGAAGAAGAUGAUUUUCUUAAAUUUAUCAAAACAUAAUAUUUAAUAAUAUAUAUUUUAA